GUCGCUGGUGAUUUGGAAGAUGUAGCCGAAAGUUGAUGUAAUUUACACUGCGUUGUCUUUGAAAUUAACGUUAGCAUAUUUAUACAAAUGCAUAGUACGUACUACAAACCACAAAAUGGUACAAACUGCACGUACACCAAAUUGAAAGCUUCAUGUCAGACUAAAGCAGACUCCCACGGCCCAGCCAUGCCUCAGAAGCCCCAAAAGAGCGCCCAGACGGCCCACUACAUAGAGGUGGGGGGGUAUCAGUACUGGCCCGUGCUGGUGCCCCGCGGUAUCAGACUGUACACCUACGAACAGAUCCCGGUGUUCCUGAGGGAGAACCCCUACAUCACAGACGGAUACAGAGCCUACCUGCCCUCCAGACUGUGCAUCAAAAGCCUCUUCGUCCUGUCCAAUGAGUCGGUGAAUAUCUGGAGCCAUCUGUUGGGCUUCCUGCUCUUCUUCUUCGUCGGCGUGUACAACAUGGCCUUCGUGCUGCCGGCCAUCGGCGCCUCCAAAGAGGACUACGUCAUCUACUCCAUCGGACUCUUCUGCUUCCAGCUGUGCAUGCUGUGCUCGGUGGGUUAUCACCUGUUCUGCUGCCACCGCUCGGAGAAGACCAGCCGCCGCUGGAUGGCGCUGGACUACGCCGGGGUUUCCGUCGGCAUCCUGGGCUGCUACGUCCCCGGAGUCUUCUACACCUUCUACUGCAACAACUACUGGCGGCAGGUGUACCUGGUGACGGUGCUGGCCAUGAUCCUGGCCGUGUUCUUCGCUCAGAUCCACCCCCACUACCUCAGCAAGCAGUGGAAGCAGCUGCGCUCGCUCAUCUUCUGCCUGGUGGCCGGCUACGGCCUCAUCCCCACCUUCCACUGGAUCUGCAUCACCGGAGGCUUCUCCUCGGAGCUCGUCCAGGCUUUUAUUCCUCGGGUUCUGGGGAUGUACUUCAUCGCUGUAUUAGCUCUCAUCUUCUACGUUUCUAAAGUUCCUGAGCGCUACUUCCCAGGUCAGCUGAACUACCUGGGCUCCAGUCACCAGGUGUGGCACCUGCUGCUGGUGCUGAUGUUGUACUGGUGGCACCAGUCGUCGUGCUUCAUCAUGGCGUACCGACACAGCCGGCCCUGCCCCGACGCCCCCCCCCCACCAAUAGGACGCCGCUCUGCACGCCGAGGAUCCCCGACUCUGUCGUAAGCAGCGCCGUUGGUGAAUGACGACACAUUCGGUCCACCUGACCUGUGAAGGAACAGCCGGGCUGCAAACAGGGAAUCGAACCUGUGACGCGUGUGGAGUGUGUUUUUACCAGCUCGUCGCCAACAAACACAAAUGCUGCAGUUCAACUACACAAUCUACACAAAAAACAAAUGGUUAGUUUAGCUGCGUAGCGUUCUCUAAGUGCCUGUUAAUUAAACAUUAUGUAGCACUUGUUAAAUUAUGUUAUGUUUUGCUCCAAGAAUGCCCGAUAUUUCAAAUAAUCCCUUGUUUUUAAAUAAUCAAGUAAAAUUAAAUUCAAUGCUUUAAUGUCACCGCUGGGUGCAAGUAAAUAAAAUCUGUUUUAAAGUGUUGAAAUUUGACGAGCAAUCGACCCAAAUUUCUUUCAUUUCCAAACUUUAACAAGUUGUCAGUGUUUGAACUUUGAGGUUCUUAAUGAGAACAAGCAACAAACGAACCAGUGGUUAUUAAUUCAUGUUUAGAUAUAAAAACCAAAGAGAUAUUAAACGUUCUCUUCAUUAAGCUUCAUUUUGUGCUUUUUUGCGUGAGCAGUAUUAUUGUUUCUGUACAUUGUUUAACAAGUACAUACAAGUACAUACAAGUACCACCAGAACGUAAUGUGUAAUGCUGCUCUGUCUGUGUGCAAACUGACAUUAUAUUGUUUCACUGUUGGAAGGUUUUCUUUGAGAAGUGUUUUAAGUCAGUUUAUUAAACUGAUUUAUUUUAUUCUUUUAUUUUCCAGCUCUGACGAGAGAAAGUUGAGGCUUAUUAAAAUGUUGUGUGGUCAGUUUGUAGAUAUUUAAACAAAUACUGACGUCUUCAAUAUGAAUCAUGUUAACUCAUAUAUAUAUAUAUAUAUAUAUGUGCAAUGGAAAAUGUUUGACAGAUGUCGUACAGUCAGUUGCCUACAUGCAUUAAAAGUAUUUAAAAAAUUGUUAAACAUUGUUCUUUUUAGCACUUUGUGUUCUCAAAAAAUCGAUCGAUUUACUCCAUGUGGGCAACGUUACUGUAAUCACUGUCGACUUGUUAGUUUGAAUUGGGACAUUUGUGUCCUCGUGCAGCUCUGUUACCUCCUGUUCAUUCUCACCUUUAAACUGCUUUUUGUUCCCGUGUGAACAGAGUUUAACUAAACUGUCAGAUUCUCAUUGUUCAGGCUCGAUACUCUCUGUACUGUGUCUCCGGCUCAUUUUAGGGUGAUGUGCAAUGUUCAAGUCAACCGCUUUUUUUAAUUUUCUCUUUGAAUGACUUCAUUCCAAAAUGCAACACGUUCACGAUGGACAGAAGUCAUCGUCACUGAAACGUCUAAAUUCUCUCAAAUGUUAGUUUGUGUACACAAAACAAUAGUUGAAUGUUCUGGAAUGAAAGUCAUUUCUUUUGUUUGUCAUAUUUAAAGUUUUAGACCGAGACAGAUGUUGUUACUGUUGUGUAUUUAAGUUAUUCUUUGUGGACCUGACGUCUGAGCUCUGAGACGUCGGCCGUGUGUCUGAAGAGGUUUUGUAGCAGCUGGAAUUUUUGUAUCUUGACUUUUCAUACCUGAGCAAUCGGUGCUGAACGUGACUCUAAAUAAUAAUAAAUAAACCAUGUGUGUGAAACUGCUUUGUUUUCAAACCUCUGAGAUGAAUCUUUGUUUUGUUUUUUAUUGCAUCAAACAGCAGUAGAGCAGAGAAAUACAAUAUCAGAUGUGUGGAAAUAAAAUGAACAACAAAAGAUGUAAAGUAGCAUCGCAUGGUUCCACUGGUGAAAACAACCUGCAGGUUUAACUCAAACAGUGAAGGUAGAUGCAGAGCUUAAGGCCGUCGAUGUGGAGAACACACAGAAACUAGUUCAUGAAUACAAACGCCUGAUUACGCUUCACAGAUCACUCCGCCGGUCUUUGAUUUUAGUUCCCUUUUAUAAAUACGCCAAAUCGCAUCCUGCAGCGUUAUUGUUAACAAAUAACACGAAAAGACCAAAACCAAUAACGAACGGAUCCUGAGUAACUGAGGACUGAUAUCUUACUUUGCUUGCUAGUGUAUUUGGACCAAAUGUAGAUUAAUCCGCCGCUGAAAACAGUCCCCGACAAAUGCACUAGUUCAUCAAGUUAAGAGUCACAUCUGAUAAAAACUACAGUGACCAGCUGUUAUAGGAAAUUACUUCCUGAACCUAUUUUAAAAGAAACUUUAUAUUUUCGACAUGUUUUCAAAGGAAUAGUUGUGACGUGUUCACGUGUUUGUUGAAAGUGAGAUAAAACUAUCGAUACCUCACCCUCAUCUAUCCUUAAUAAUAUGAAG